UCCGUGGCUUGGCCGCCUCCCGCUCCCGCGCCCGCAGCCGCUCGGCGCUCUCUCGGGGCUCCGCAGCCAGCGUGGCCCCUCAGCCCGGGGCUCCGCAGUGCCGGGCCCCGUCCUUGCCCGCCCGCCAGCCGCCGCAGCGCCCCCGGCCCGGGCCGCCGGCACCAUGUAACCCGGCCGGAGCCCAAGCCGGGCCAGGAGCCAGUGGUCCUGAGCCUUCUGAAGUUAGGAUUCUGCCUGGCGGUGGGAAUCCUGACACCAAGGAUGGGACAACCCGGAUGGAGGUUCCUGGGGCCUGGCCCCCAGCACUAUGAAGAGCCCUUGCUGAGGCCAUGAGGGGUUAUCAUGGCGACCGAGGCAGCCAUCCCCGCCCAGCCCGCUUUGCCGACCAGCAGCAUAUGGACGUGGGCCCCGCUGCCAGGGCUCCAUACCUGCUGGGCUCCGGGGAGGCCUUCUCCACCGAGCCCCGCUUCUGUGCCCCAAGAGCUGGCCUGGGACACCUUUCUCCUGAAGGGCCCCUGAGCCUGAGUGAGGGGCCAUCAACAGGCCCCGAGGGAGGGCCAGGAGGGGCCGGGGUUGGGGGGGGCAGCAGCACCUUCCCCAGGAUGUACCCUGGCCAGGGCCCCUUCGACACCUGCGAAGACUGUGUGGGCCACCCACAGGGCAAGGGUGCCCCCCGCCUGCCUCCCACACUUCUGGACCAGUUUGAAAAGCAGUUGCCCGUUCAACAAGAUGGCUUCCACACGCUGCCGUACCAGCGAGGUCCGGCAGGGGGCGGGCCCGGGCCCGGGCCCGGCUCUGGCACUACCCCGGAGGCCCGCAGCGAGAGCCCCAGCCGCAUCCGGCACCUGGUUCACUCCGUGCAGAAGCUGUUCGCCAAGUCCCACUCUCUGGAGGCGCCAGGGAAGCGGGACUAUAAUGGGCCCAAGGCUGAGGGCAGAAGUGGCUCCGGCGGAGACAGCUACCCUGGCCCGGGCUCUGGAGGCCUCCACGCCUCCCACCACCACCAUCACCACCACCACCACCACCACCAGUCCCGGCAUAGCAAGAGGAGCAAGAGCAAGGACCGCAAGGGGGAUGGACGGCAGCAGGCCAAGGCCGCGGGCUGGUGGAGCUCCGAUGACAACUUGGACAGUGACAGCGGCUUUCUGGCCGGUGGGCGGCCCCCUGGGGAGCCUGGUGGUCCCUUCUGCCUGGAGGCUCCAGAUGGGUCCUACCGGGACUUGAGCUUCAAGGGUCGCUCGGGCGGGUCGGAAGGCCGCUGUCUUGCCUGCACUGGCAUGUCCAUGUCACUGGAUGGACAAUCGGUCAAGCGAAGUGCCUGGCAUACCAUGAUGGUCAGCCAGGGCCGGGAUGGAUACCCAGGGGCCGGGCCAGGCAAGGGGCUCCUGGGUCCGGAGACCAAGGCCAAAGCCAGGACUUAUCACUAUCUGCAGGUGCCGCAAGAUGACUGGGGGGGUUACCCCACUGGGGGCAAGGACGGGGAGAUCCCCUGCCGCAGGAUGCGGAGCGGCAGCUACAUCAAAGCCAUGGGGGAUGAGGAGAGUGGAGACUCAGAUGGCAGCCCCAAGACAUCUCCCAAAGCGGUCGCCCGGCGCUUCACCACCCGCCGCUCCUCCAGCGUGGACCAGGCCCGGAUCAACUGCUGUGUCCCGCCCCGGAUCCACCCCCGGAGCUCCAUCCCUGGCUAUAGCCGUUCCCUCACCACCGGACAGCUCAGCGAGGAGCUGAACCAGCAGUUGGAGGCCGUGUGCGGGUCCGUGUUUGGGGAGCUGGAGUCCCAGGCCGUGGACGCCCUGGACCUGCCCGGCUGUUUCCGCAUGCGGAGCCACAGCUACCUCCGGGCCAUCCAGGCCGGCUGCUCUCAAGACGAUGACUGCCUGCCCCUCCUUGCUACCCCUGCCUCUGUCUCAGGGAGGCCCGGCUCCUCCUUCAACUUCAGAAAGGCCCCGCCCCCCAUCCCACCGGGAAGCCAGGCCCCGCCCCGCAUCUCCAUCACCGCCCAGAGCAGCACCGACUCCGCCCAUGAGAGCUUCACCGCGGCAGAGGGCCCAGCCCGGCGCUGCAGCUCCGCCGACGGGCUGGACGGCCCGGCCAUGGGCGCGCGCACCCUGGAGUUGGCGCCGGUGUCACCCCGGGCCAGCCCCAAGCCCCCCACGCUCAUCAUCAAGACCAUUCCAGGCAGGGAGGAGCUGCGGAGCCUGGCGCGGCAGCGGAAGUGGCGGCCGUCCAUCGGGGUGCAGGUGGAGACUAUCUCAGACUCGGACACGGAGAACAGGAGUCGAAGAGAGUUCCACUCCAUCGGUGUACAGGUGGAAGAAGACAAGAGGCGGGCGAGGUUCAAGCGCUCCAACAGUGUGACAGCCGGCGUGCAGGCCGACCUGGAGCUGGAGGGCCUGGCCGGCCUGGCCACCGUGGCCACAGAAGACAAGGCCCUGCAGUUCGGACGCUCCUUCCAGAGGCACGCCUCUGAGCCCCAGCCCGGGCCCCGGGCCCCCACCUACUCAGUCUUCCGCACGGUCCACACGCAGGGCCAGUGGGCCUACCGAGAGGGCUACCCACUGCCGUAUGAGCCGCCGGCCACCGAUGGGUCGCCCGGCCCUGCCCCUGCCCCUACCCCCGGCCCCGGGUCCGGGCGCCGUGACUCCUGGAUGGAGCGCGGCUCACGUAGCCUCCCCGACUCAGGCCGCACGUCCCCCAGCCCACGGGAUGGCGAGUGGUUCAUCAAGAUGCUGAGGGCGGAGGUGGAGAAGCUGGAGCACUGGUGCCAGCAGAUGGAGCGCGAGGCGGAGGACUAUGAACUGCCGGAGGAGAUCCUGGAGAAGAUCCGCAGUGCCGUGGGCAGCACACAACUUCUCCUGUCCCAGAAGGUUCAGCAGUUCUUCCGGCUGUGUCAGCAAAGCAUGGACCCCACUGCGUUCCCCGUGCCCACCUUCCAGGACCUGGCGGGUUUCUGGGACCUCUUGCAGCUCUCUAUCGAGGAUGUUACCCUCAAGUUCCUGGAGCUACAGCAACUCAAGGCCAACAGCUGGAAACUCCUGGAGCCUAAGGAGGAGAAGAAGGUCCCUCCGCCGAUACCAAAGAAGCCCUUGCGGGGCCGGGGCGUGCCGGUGAAGGAGCGCUCCCUGGACUCGGUGGACCGGCAGCGGCAGGAAGCGCGCAAGCGGCUCCUGGCGGCCAAGCGCGCCGCCUCCUUCCGCCACAGCUCGGCCACCGAGAGCGCCGACAGCAUCGAGAUCUACAUCCCCGAGGCCCAGACCAGGCUGUGACCGGCCCGGCCCGCCCAGCCCGGGCCCGGGCCCGCGGUUUUCUACCCGUACUGUACACCCAGCGUCGAGGUCACUGUGAACGCGGGCCGCACCGUGCGCCCGCCCCGCCGGCACCGCACGCCCCGGCCCCUCCUGCCCGUCACGGUCUCGUGGGUUUUUUACCUUCCCGACCCCACGCGAAGGCGCCCGGGCUGGGCUGGGGGCCGUGCCUCUCCGCCCUGCGCUCCCACCGGGACCCCCCCACCUUCCAGGUCCGACGCUUCGUCCCCACCUCCUCCCCACGGGCACCAUCUCUGCCAUUACUUAUCCCACGGGCCAGGCCGGGCCGGGUCCCCCAUCUGGGCUCUGCGUCCCUCCCACCCCGCGGGGCUGGGCUUCGUGGGGAAUCAAGCUUCGUGGCUUUUUAUGAAGAAUCCCGAACCCCGCCUAGGAGCCCGCCCCACCCUCCCAGGGGCUCUACCCUCAGCCCUCAGCCCACCGGGCCCAGGGACCACAGUGGCUGGACCAACCCAGGACCAGGGCGCCUGGGCCUCUCCCCUUUCCCAGCUGCUGGGGAGGGGAGAUGGGGGCUUCCCCUCACCACACCUGUGGCUGUUCCCACAUCCCCUUGAGUUUCCCAGGAAAAAUAAAACGGCAGAACUGCACUCGA